AUGGGUUUAGAUAUGUGGACAUUUCCAAGCUGCAUGUGCAGUCAAGUAUUUUAUAAUAGUCUGGUUUCUUGUGGAAAUGCUUGUAAUAUUCCUGUGGAUGAGCCAGUAAAAUAUGAAUCCGAUUGUGAAAUUGGCAAUCAUCCAGUAAACAUCAAUGGUGGAGGAGGUCAAGAAUUUUACAAUAAUCUGGUUUCUUGUGGAAAUGCUUGUAAUAUUCCUGUGGAUGAGCCAAUAAAAUAUGAAUCCGAUUGUGAAAUUGGCAAUCAUCCAGUAAACAUCAAUGGUGGAGGAGGAGGGGAUGAAAGAGUUAAAAUUGUUCAUUUGAUCGCACAUUCUCAAGGAUAUACCAUAGUGGUUUUGGUCAUCAGGAUAUUACGCUUGGAGUUGAGUUACACCGGAGAUCAAGGUUGCCUGAGCAAACUUAGCGUGCAUGCGUUCUCAGAUUUAUCUAGAGGAUUUAGGAACCUCGGUAACCAGACCAUCCAAGAUCCAGCUAUUAUGAGAGGUAUUAUUAAUGAAAUUUCUUACGUUCGUUUUGGAGCUACGACCGGUGCUGCCUCAUUUAAAUGA